CACCACUUAUCGUUAAUACCACUACAAUUCUAUACGAAUGCAAGUGUGAAGUGCAAAAAGCAUAAAAACCGUUAGCGUCAUGACAUAAGGAGCAAGCCAGCGUGUGUGUGUAACUGUGUAACUGUGAAGAAGCCAUCAAUAAAGUGAGUGAUAAAUCGAGAUAUCGUGCAAAGUGGCCAUAAAAGUGUUUACAUGUGUUUACUAUCAAUUAAAAAGUGUCACAGCACUCAAGGUGAUGAAGGAGCCGAUAAAUAUUGAUGCGCUUCUCUCAAGGCUUCCCUCAUCCCCAGUGCUUCGUAAAUAAAUAACACCCUGCGGAACAGGAAGAAAAUUCCACUGAGUUCUUGUGUGAGUGCGCGUGGGAGAAAUACGGUCAUCGCGUGUCACGAAUGCGUUCAGUGAGCAAUCAAAAGCGAAGUAAAGAAACCUCGUGAAUAAUUCAAUAAGGAAACACAAAGUGCAAUAUAAAUUGAAAGUCGCAAGUCGCGUACUUAUGGGUAUGGCUACGCCGCUGAAACGCCCCAUAAAUGACCUGUACAACAAUAAUUAGUUUGAAAGUGUAAAAAAAUAAUAACAAUUUAAAAGUGCUAAGAAUCAACUUAUUAUCAACACAGCAGUGGUACGGCGAUACAAAACAACACAAUCGCCGCUAUGUCGAUGCGCAGCAAUAAGUUGAACUCGUCACAGUCGGCGUAUCCGCCGCCGCCGCAAUCGCCGCAGCUGCAAUACCUGCCGCACCAUCAGCAUCAGCAACAGCUGCUGCAGCAAUUGCAACAGCAACACAAAUUCCAGCAGCAGCAACAGCAGCUGUCACAAUCGCCGCCAAGCGUCUCACAACAGCAUCAGCACCAGCACCAGCACCAGCCGCCCAACGCCACCAACAGUCGCAACAACUUGGCCACACUGGUCGCGGCCAUCAACAAUGAGAACGGCUAUCAGCUGUCGGCGGCCACGGGCAACUCGCCAGCCAUAAAUGUGACAUCGCCACCCUCGUAUUCCGCAGCCAUCGCGGCGGGCAACGGCACGGGCGUUGGCGGUGGUGGCGGCGGCAGCAUGAGCGCGCCCAUAUUGGAGGGCCACAAGACGAAUGCUUCACCAUUCCAGUUUCUAAAUCACUACCAAGCACAGGAUCUGGCCAACAUGCCAAACUCACAGUUGGUGGUGGAUGGCGGCGGUGGUGUGGUUGCUGAGGACGAUGUCGAUGAGUUGGAUCCGCAGCAGCAGUUGUGUGUGGUUGCCAAAAUGCAGAAGUCUGUAACGAUUACCGUUACGCCGCAGCGCAGCAACUCCAUGGACUAUUUGAAUUUUGAGGAGAAACGUCAAUUGAUCGCUUCGUCACUAUCCCUAUCGGAUAUCUUGCAUUGUAAUCCAGCUGCGGCUGGCAAGGAGGCGGCUGCCAAUGCUAAUGGUAAGAACAUUCGUUUUAAGAACAUAUCUACUUCAACUCCAAGUGAGUUGUCCCCAAACCACCAAAAUUCACAAUUCUCCACACUGCAAUCCCCCAAAAAGCAAAAUGGUGCUGCCCUGCGUACAAACAGUCUCGGCUCCGGCACACGCACACCCCCGCUCGAGCGCAAAAGCAAGCUGAGUGCUUUGGGGCGAUUCUUCAAGCCGUGGAAGUGGCGGCGGAAAAAGAAGAGCGAAAAAUUCGAAGCGGCUUCCAAGUCACUUGAACGCAAAAUAUCGGUACGUGCCAAUCGUGAGGAGCUUGUGCAGAAGGGUAUACUGCUGCCAGAGAGUCCAUUGGCGAAUAUACAGGAGCCAGGUGAGGAUGUGUACUUCAAUUCCAAUGCCAACACAUCCAACAACAUGGCCAACGGCUCCAUCCUUUCGGUUGCCAAUAAUAAUAACAACAACAAUAGUAACAGUAAUGGCAGCGCUCUGCAAAAUUCCAUUAACACCACCACGGCAGGCAGCGCCGGCGGCGCACUCAUUAGCCAACAGCAGUUGCAGCAGCAGCAGCAGCAGCAACAACAACAACAGCAGCACCAAAUGGUGAACGUACCCACAUCCAUAUCCGUGCAACAGUUCAAUGCAAUGAACAGUGGCAACAACAACAACGGCAGUAAUAACGGUGUUGGCGGUGUCAACAAUUCCAGCGGCAGCAACGGCCAGAACGGCGGCGGCGGCGGCGACGCAUCACCUAUGUCGAACGUGCCGCAUUCGCAGUCGGCGCCUCACCAGUUGGGCCAGCCGCCGCCGCUAACGCCGCUGGCACAGCAUCAUCAGGCGUUGGCGCAACAGUUGCAGCAACGAUUUGCCAUAAGCAAUAAUAACGGUAAGUUUCAUACAAUUACCAAGUUAAUCAACCAGCAAAGCGGUGAGUUUACGAAAUAA